GUCGGCUGGCGGCGACACUUUAUUACUCAGCGGCAGCGGGGGGGAUCAGGACGGUGACGGCAGGACGAAAAAUGACUCAACGGAAUCAGCCAUGGACCGCUCCACGUCUUUGGAUAUCGAAGCGCUCAAGAUGACCCAGGAGCAGUACAUCCUCGCGGCCCAGCCUAACCCCCUCCACCAGCGAGGCGCGUCAGAGUGCAGUGGCCAGGUCUACCCAGCAGUCGGCAUCUACGGCUGGAGGAAGAGAUGCUUGUACUUCUUCAUCCUCCUCCUACUUGUCACGAUGAUUGUCAACCUGGCACUCACCAUCUGGAUUCUCAAAGUCAUGAACUUCACUCCGGAUGGCAUGGGGAACCUGCGAGUUACCAAAGAAGGGAUCCGACUGGAGGGGGUGUCCGAAUUUUUGCUGCCCUUAUAUGUCAAAGAGAUCCAGUCUCGAAGGGACAGUCCGCUGAUUCUCCAGUCAGACAGAAACGUGACGGUCAAUGCUAGAAAUGAUCAGGGACAACUGACUGGUCAGCUCACCGUGGGUUCGGAAAUGGUUGAAGCCCAGUGUCAGAGGUUCGAAGUGAAGAGCGCUGACGGCGAGAGGGUUCUGUUUUCUGCGGACGAGGAAGAGAUCAGCAUCGGAACAGAGAAACUUAAAGUCACAGGCGAUGAAGGAGUGGUUUUUAGCCAUUCUGUCGAGACUUCACAUGUCAGAGCAGAGCCAUUUCAGGACCUAAAACUAGAGUCCCCAACUCGGACCUUGACGCUAGAAGCUCCCAGGGGGGUAGAGGUCAGUGCUGGAGUGGGAGACUUCACGGCUUCCUGUAGGAAAGACCUCCUCUUGCAGUCCUCAGACGGAGAGAUCUUUCUAGAUGCCAACACAAUCAAGCUGGGCAACAUCCCCCUCGGCAGUGCUGUAGACCCACUGGAAGGGGCUCCGCCAGGCACCACUUACACCAAACAGACUGUGUACGAGCUAUGUGCCUGCGCUAAUGGCAAGCUCUACCUGUCCCCAGCUGAGGAGGGAUCCACCUGCCAAACCACUAGUAACUUUUGUCUCUGGAGUUGAGAAUUAGAGGCUCGUAAAGAGACAGGACAUAUGGACUAACAAGCUUGGAGCUGACGCUAGCCAGCAGACCGCAGAACGAAGGAACGUGUGUGUUUGGAUCGAAGCCAUCGACAGCUAAGGGUCGGAAUCAACGAGGACCGACGCGUGGCUGAAGCGUCACGCAUGUUCGGCAAUCGAGCGACACGGAUUCACAAAUGGUAGGGAGGUGAGGCUCGCUAAGAGACGGGAUCAAGAAGAACUGUGGGACUUGGUACCAAGGAACUGGCCGCUAACGGACUGAAUCAACAUGGAAAAGAGCCUGUGUGAGGCCGGUGCCAGCAGCACACAAAUCAAAUUAAUAAGGAUUGGUCUGUGGCCAAUGCGAGUAACAAGGAUGAAUGACUUGGCAAGACACAAAAGAUGGUUUUUAUACUAAGACCACUCAUGGACAUAAAUGGGCAGUCUAAGGCUCGGGCCUUUGUUGGCCGUCUCUUCCUUUUGCAUUUGCAGCCUGGAGAGACCCUACAAGUCCUGAGGAUUAUUCAUGGGAUUUGCAUUGUUUGUUCACUGUUUGACCAAACUUUCAAGGAGAAAAAAAAAACAAGCUUUUGUUUUGCUUUUUUUUUUUUUUUUUCCGUUGGGUAAAGAGAAAUAAUUGUGAACUGAAAAUACCACCCGGGGGAGGUGGACAUGUGCUCCUGGUUAACAUAUCAGUUGGCUACGGUGACAGACGUGAGUGAACACGUUGGCUCAGCCCAAUGGGUAGCUAAUAAAAUUUAAUCAGACAAUGAGUUUUGUCUUGUGGGAAGCUAAAGGCUGCCCAAUGGACCAAUCUAUACCAGAAAGGCCUUCCCCCAAUGCCCGACCCUUUUAGUCUUUCAACCCAACGUUGUUACGUGAACCUUUUGCAUCAGUGUAGAAAUGAUAGUAACAAUGUUCUCCAACCCCACUUUCCCCACUGGAAAACCAAUGCAAAUAAUUGCGCUUUAAACCUUGCAUUCGCCAAAUUUUGUUCUCAUGGAUUUUCAACUCUUUAAUGUCUUUUAUCUCCUUUCGUUGUUUUUUUUCUACCCCAAAUUAUGUUUUUUGCUUGUUAACCUCUUAACAACCCUUGUAAACUUAUGUUCUCACCCAUCUAUCAAUAUCUCCCCUUAGCUUUUUUCUCUGUCCACCUUGUUUUCUAUUUAUCCAACAGCGCUUGACUGCUAAAAAAGGGAGAUUGUGAAAAAUGAGGUGUGGGAGGCAAACAUCAUCUCUUCACAAGUGAAUCAGUUGUCCUAUAAAUCUUUGACCUCAAAGUUUUGAAUCUUUUCCUCUUCUCUCUCUCUUUUUUCCUGCAUAUUUUGAAUCCCAAAACAUCAUCUUUUGGGUAUAUGAUCCAAUUAAAUUAACUGAAAAAGAUAGAGAAAUGUGAAUAUUAAGUCAAAUUGAAGGUCUUAUGGGUGCUAUUGGGGAAAAAAGACACAUUUUUGUAACUCACUGAAAAUUUCAGUAAGAGAUGUCAGUGGCAGAUGACGUUUACUCAUGUUAAUGAGAAUUAAAUAUUUUCAUCUUGUUUUUUUUUCCAUCGUAUUUUAGAAACCUUUUGCUGCUGUACUUUUCAAACACUCAGUGUUCAGUGAGCUCAGUUUCAUGAUCUUUACUAGGCUUGCCUUUGCCUGCAGAAUAUCUGCUCUCCCUCUCUACUUCUCUUCCAUCAGUCAGGACCCAUCUUGUCUUUUUAUCACAUCUUUUACUUAUCAAUCAUUCAAUGACAUAUCUUCAUAUUGUUUCCUCCAUCCUAUGUCUGACAUGCCCAUUCAUUACGCUCUUUUUUGUGACAUUGCACGCUUUGAUGCCAGGAGAUCUGACCCCUAUUUUGAAACGCCAGAACCCAUUUCCAAAGCUGCGGCUGCAUCACGGGAGAGGCUGGGAAACUGAGACACGUUUCUUCAACACUGAAUGAUUUCCAGCUGACUAAUCUUUCACUCAUCAUUCGCGACAGUUCAAAAUGAUAAUAAGCAUUCACAUGUGGUAGAAACCUAACGACAAUAACUGUGGAUGGAGGUUGGUUGUGUCUGUGCACGUGUGUGUGUGUGUGUGUGUGUGUGUGUGUGUGUGUGUGU